UCAUUUCGUUACCAACUCAGUGACGCAUGCGUAUUGUGUCACUGAUUAUACUUGAUGGCAGCAAAAACGUGAAUAGGGACACUCGUCUCAUCCUUAAUGAACUCCUUCAAAGCAGAAUUGAGCAUUGCUCUCUGGCGUACAAGGUCCCGUGGAUUUCGUUUUAGUGGGAGUCGGACUGUAUUCCCUCAUCCAUCCUUUUAACUAGAGCGGUGUGUCGAUCCUGCUUGAGUCUCGUCUGUUUAGAUCGAGUCAUUGUCUACGAAACAAUAGGUGAAAUCAUGGCGACGGCAUCUACAUUGCAAGCUAGGCGUCAGGUUACGAGAGUGUCCAAGCAAAGCGAAUGCGGAUGGGGAAUUGUGGUGGUCAUUGCUGCCCACGUCGGCAUGGCAUCGUCUGGUAUCCUGCGGUGCAGUGGGAUCCUGUAUCUUCCCUGGAUGAAUGAGUUCGACUUGAGUGCCAAGGAGACGGCGGCCAUUCAAAGUUUCAUGUCAUCCCCAGCAGGGUUCGCAGUUCUCAUUGGAGGAGUUCUAAGCAACCGCUUCGGUUGUAGAUUUACGGGUAUACUAGGAGGGUUCUUGAUGUGGCUUGGUCUCUUCUGUACCUAUUGGGUCAACGACAUAGUUCAGCUCUACGCAACUGCUGCCAUAAUAGGUAUUGGAAUGGGCAUUCUCGUCAACGCUGCAAGCGUAAUUAUCACCUUUUAUUUCAUAAAGAGAUUCAAUGUGGCCAACGCAGUUACCUACGCGGGACGCGGGACGGGGAUGAUAGCUAUCCCUCCGCUUUUCCAACUUUUGCUGGACAGCUACGGGUGGAGGGGUGCUUUUUUAGUCACAUCCGCAAUCAUGGCAAACGUCAUACUCUGUGGCGUGCUUUUCCGACCUCGUCAAUUCGGCCUGGCACUGAACACAACCGAGUCUACAACAAGUUCACAAGAGGAACUGAGACAGCAGCCCUCAGGUGAAAAAGACAACGGUUCUGAUGAUGACGAUUAUACCGAUGGAAGAACUGGUGAAGUUACAGAUGAACCCGAUACUUCGACCGCGGUACCGGAUUGUCGGACGAAAUCGGGCUGA